UAAAUGCUUUUUGAGUAUCGACUACUAUGUUCGCAAGAAGAGCGUUGAGAUUACCAGUUCAAGCACAGCGUAGACACGCAUCCAGCAGCGCAUCCAGAGGUGCAGACGGUAUCGUCGUACCAAUGGAAGGUCAAUCUGAGUUCAUCACUAAGAGAGCUGCUACUACCGAGCACGCACACGAAUCAAGUGAAUUAUGGAGAAAGAUUUCCCUCUACGUCGCCCUUCCAGGUUGUUUACUCGGUGGUCUCUGGACCAAAAACCUUGAAGAGGCACACGAAGCUCACCACCACCACAUCGUCGAACAAAACGGCGGCGAGGAACCAGAAAAGAUUCCUUACCCAUACCUCCGCAAACUCGAGAAGAAGUUCCCAUGGGGUGACGGUGAGAAGCCACUGUUCAACACCCUCCUUGGACAGGAUUAAAUCGGUAUUAAUGCAUAAAAUUAUAAUCUACAACACAUUGCUAUGCUCAACAGUACGCGCAUUUCCAACCACCAUGAGACAACGCUUCGCACGUGUUAGCCCGACAUUUGCUCGACGUGGAUCAUCUAAGAAUCCAAUUGAGCCCAUUUCAUUAGAUCUAGUGAGUGAUAGUAUAAUAACUUGCUUUUCUCUUCCUUCGAAACCAUCGACUGUUUUAACUUCAAUUUGGCGUAACUCGUGAACGCGUUGAGGACCUAAUAUAUCGGCGAAUCUUCUCCUCCAAUAAUAAUCUCUGUUUAUUAAACGUAAUAGUUCUAUCGUUUGGGCUAUAUAAGGACUAACAAUACCUAUAUCGGUUCCUUUUAGAUCUUCGUUCUUCUCAAACAGAUCCGCAAUAAUUGUCAUAAUCACUUGUGCCUCGCCUUCGUUCAUCGUUGACUCUCCAUCUUUAGUUUCUGAAUGAUCGUGAUUUACAAAAGCCAAUGCUGAGUCCUUCCGCGUGAAAGAAGAAUGUGGUGGUGUAUACCCACUCAAUAGGGUACCAUUACUACUUCUACAGCCAUCAAUCAACUGACUAUUAUAGAAAAUAUUGUUAGGGAUCUCACUGAGAUCAGGAUGCAUACGAUAUUGUACGUCUAACAUAACUGAAGGUACGUCACUAGUCUCAAUGAGUCUUUCGAACAAUGACAUCGAUAGACCCUGUCGUGAAGCCUCCUCAGAAGUAAUAAUUGGUGCGAGUUGUUUGUGAUCUCCAAUUAUUGACAUAUGAGAACAACCUUUCAUUAACGGUAUAAGAGUUGUUGGUUCAGUCGCUUGACUUCCUUCAUCAAUGAAAACAAUCGGGAAAUCAAUACCCGUAAGGUCGCGUGGAUUUCCGCCUAAACAAGUUGCACAAACGACAUCGGCUGACUUUAUUAUCUUGUCUUGUAUUUCUUUAGUUAUUCUGGUCGCCUCCCUACGUUGCUUGCGAGCUUCCUCGUUG